UCCUCUAGUGUUGCCACUCUGUAUAAAUUCGCCUUGAGUAAUACUGUAUGAAUUCGCUUUGGAAUUUAGUAUACAGGGAAUCCUAUUCGAAGAAUUUCACUUGGUUAUCUGCAAAGUAAACUGGUUAAUAAUUGUGUAAAUGGCUAACAAUUUUGAAGGAAACCAUGUCGUCCGAAAAGCUGAAGAAAAUGACGGCCCACGUAUUAAUGAAUUUGCUCAGAAAUUCCUGGCAGACUUGAGCGAGGAACGUGAACGUUUAGGCAGUGAGUUUCCAUUAUGCGCACAGCUUAUUGAUGAAGCUUUCGAGCGGGUCUAUACAACCGGUCGCAUACCGGGCACUGAAUACCUAGCCGACGUUUAUAAACAGAAGCCCAUGAAAGUCACUCAAAGGGUGUUUGUACCAAUUAAACAGUAUCCAAAGUUUAACUUUACUGGAAAAUUAUUGGGACCAAAAGGUAAUUCAUUACGUCGUUUGCACGAAGAAACACAGUGCAAGAUUAUUAUAAAAGGACGUGGUUCUAUGCGUGAUCGUACUAAGGAGGAAGGACUACGCCAGUCUGGUGACCCCCGUCAUGGGCAUUUAAAUAGAGAUCUAUUUAUAGAAAUAAGCACUGUUGCAACGCCUGCAGAAGCCCAUGCACGUAUUGCAUAUGCUUUAGCUGAAAUUCGUAAAUACCUUGUGCCUGAUAAGAACGAUGAAGUUUCGCAGGGACAACUACGAGAACUUAUGGAAAUAGAUCCGAAAUCAGCUGAACAAUAUUCAAAGACAGUGCUAAGUAAAUUUUCCACAGGAGAUGGUACAUCUAAAUUUUUAAACAUAAUUAAACAACAUAGUGCACCACAAGAGGAUCCCAAUGCAAUGGAGUCAGAUGAAGAAGUAGAGGAAUAUCAAACUCGUUAUGUUAAGCGGUCGGUUGAAUCACCUUAUGUGAAGGUAAAAGUUAUCCCAUCAACAGUGUCCGCUAAACGACCAUCGACUACUCUUAUUGGAUCUGGAUUUAAACGCACUCGCGAGUCACCUAUAAAAUCUUAUAAACCUAUUCAAGGUGUUCUUAAGAAAUACAAAUAAAAUGAUGAUGGUUAAUAAUUGUUUACCAAAUAUUGUAAUAAUAAUAUUCCAUAACAAAACAACUAAUAAUCACAUUUUAUAAAUCAUUCAACUCUGGUAAUAAUUUCAAUAAUAAAUAAUAAUAAUUUACUUUCAUCUUGA